AAACUAUCAUUCUUGCUUCCACAUGAAAACCACUUUCUCUCAUUGAUUUAUACUCAAGUUUUCUAGUUCUAUACCUCACAACACUAAGCAAACAACAAGAAAAUCUAACCUUCCAAUAUGGAGAUGAAGAAGAGUGAAUGUGAGAGAGAAACCAAAGAAGAAGAGUUCAAGGAAGAUAGUAUACAAACUAUAAUGUUCACAUUAGGUACAUUUCUUGUAAUGAUUUGUCUAAAGGGUUUCUUAGUUGAAAAAUGGCGUUCUUAUGUGUUUAUAAUUCUCAAUGUGAUUUUAUUAGCCAUUCUUUACAUGUCAAUGAAUCCAAAUUAUUGUAGUAGUAGAAAUUUAGAUAAUGAAAGCAAUGUUGAAGAUGUCAAAAAUGAUGACAAAGAGAAGAAAAGGGUAUGUGAGAUUUCUCAAGAAAUUGAAGAAGAUAAAGAAUGUCACAAAAAACAAUGUUGGAAUAGUACUAGUACCAUUCAUCAUGUUCAUCAUGUUGAUGUUGAGAAUAAGAUUGAUGAAAAUGAGAUUGAUGAGAUUGAUGAGGAUGAAGAAGAAGAUGAACAUGUGGAAGUGUUGUCGAAGGAAGAAUUGAAUGAAAGAGUUGAAGCAUUCAUAGCUAUGUUUAGGAGACAUUUGAUUUCAGAUGAUAAACAAGGUGAGAAUUUUAGGCACCAAAAAACAUCAAAUUUGACAACAAAGAUUCAAGUUUCUUGUUGUUGAGACUUAUUAGGUUCUAAAGAGAGAGCUAGAAUUUUUUGUUUUAUUUUUAUUUGUUAUUUUGGUCUAAUUGAUUAAGGAUGUUUUCUUGGUACUACAUUGUUUGGAUUGAUGCAAUUUGUAGUAGACAUAUUCUUUACAUUAUUAAUUAU